CGGGUGGCUUUUUGCCGGGAGAUAACAAGAGCAAUCCGUGACCUCAACCGAUCGAAUAACACUCCCGAACUUCGGCCAAGUUAGUGCCUCUAUUGCUUAGCUCUCUUCGAAAAGGCCCGCCGCUCACCCUUGACCAGUCUCUGAAUCCCUCCCCUACCGAAUUUUGCGCCAGUUUUACGGAGUUGAUACCUCCGUCCGACUCCGGCUGUAUAUCGCCGCCCUCCACUAUUCUCCUCCAUCCAUGGUGGUACAUAAAUCUGGUCGUGUGCCCUCUUGUUUGACCUCGCCUUUUUUUUUUCUCUUCUGCUUUCCCCUCUCUGUCUAUUCCAAUCCAUCCAACUCUUCCUCCCUCUUCCCAGCGUUCUGUUUUCGAAAUCUUACCCAUCUUCUGGCUUCAUCUGCCAGUCUUUUUUUUAAUUCGCCACAUCCUUAUCUGAUAAGCUUUCGGAGGGGGAAAGUUUUCCAUCAAAAUGUCUAACCUUCCUGUUGAGCCCGAGUUCGAGCAGGCCUACCAAGAGCUUGCUUCCACUCUUGAGAACUCCACUCUCUUCCAGGCCCACCCUGAGUACCGCACCGCUCUCAAGGUCGUCUCCAUCCCUGAGCGUAUCAUCCAGUUCCGCGUCGUCUGGGAGAAUGACCAGGGGGAGCUUCAGGUCAACCGCGGUUUCCGUGUGCAGUUCAACUCUGCCCUAGGCCCAUACAAGGGCGGUCUCCGCUUCCACCCCUCUGUCAAUCUCUCCAUUCUGAAGUUCCUUGGCUUCGAACAGAUCUUCAAGAAUGCUCUUACUGGCCUGAACAUGGGUGGUGGUAAGGGUGGUUCCGACUUCGACCCCAAGGGCAAGUCUGACCAGGAAAUCCGCCGUUUCUGCGUUUCGUUCAUGACUGAGCUGUGCAAGCACAUCGGUGCCGAUACCGACGUCCCCGCCGGUGAUAUUGGUGUCACCGGCCGCGAAAUCGGCUUCCUCUUCGGCCAGUACCGCAAGAUCCGCAACCAGUGGGAGGGUGUUCUCACUGGAAAGGGUCUUACCUGGGGUGGUAGCUUGAUCCGUCCCGAAGCCACUGGCUACGGUGUUGUUUACUACGUGGAGCACAUGAUCUCCCACGUCACAGGCGGCAAGGAAUCCUUUGCUGGCAAGCGCGUCGCCAUCUCUGGUUCCGGUAAUGUUGCCCAGUACGCCGCUCUCAAGGUCAUCGAGCUUGGUGGCUCCGUUGUCUCUCUCUCCGAUAGUCGGGGCUGUCUCGUCGUCAAGGCCCAGGACGGCACCUUCACCCCCGAAGAAAUCAACUCCAUUGCCGACCUCAAGGUUGCCCGCAAGCAGCUCUCCGAGCUCGCCUCUACCGAGGCCUUCUCCUCCAAGUUCACCUACAUCCCCGGUGCCCGCCCCUGGACCCACGUCGGCGCCGUCGACGUCGCCCUCCCCUGCGCCACCCAGAACGAAGUCUCCGGCGACGAAGCCACCGCUCUCAUCUCCCAGGGCGCCAAGUUCAUCGCCGAGGGCUCCAACAUGGGCUGCACCCAGGACGCCAUCGAUACCUUCGAGGCCCACCGCACCGCGAACCCCGGCGCGGCCGCCAUCUGGUACGCCCCCGGCAAGGCUGCCAACGCCGGUGGUGUUGCGGUCUCCGGUCUCGAGAUGGCCCAGAACUCUGCCCGCAUCACCUGGACCCGCGAGGAGGUGGACGCCCGCCUCAAGGGCAUCAUGGCCGACUGCUUCAACAACGGUCUCUCGACUGCUCUCAAGUACGCUACUACUCCUGCUGCGGGCGUGCUUCCUUCUCUGGUUACCGGAAGCAACAUUGCCGGUUUCACCAAGGUUGCCGAGGCCAUGAAGGACCAGGGCGAUUGGUGGUGAACAGUUCCA